UUCGGUUGCAGUCGGAGGAGUUCGGGCUUUGCCGUAAGACGCACUACGGUCGGCCAAUCACAGCGUCUCUUUGUUGAUGAAGACAGCAAAUAAGAAGUAUGAAGCGCUUUGCCCGCCUCUUCCGGCUUCACUGACCUAUACGGUAACAGAUUUUCGAGACUGGCGUCUUUCCUUCCGCGCCGCGCUUUCUUUUGUUUUUGGUUUCAAAUCGGUCAUUUCUUUCGAUCAUGUUAUGUUUAACGAUUUCCAAACGUAUCCAACCACGGCGAGUUUGUCCCAGCCCCGUUCUCUUUUAGAAUAUCGUAGAUGUUUUUUGAUGGAAGGACGUUAGCACCGGUUAGUUAGCUAACGUUUGCAAAUGCUACCUGUGUUAGCUAGCUUUGAGCUCUAUUUUGACAGUGAAAACGCUUCAGUUACGUCAGUGAGAUGACUUCAGCGUCUGCGAAGGUGGGAGAGAUUUUCUCAGCAGCAGGAGCUGCUUUCACUAAACUAGGAGAACUGACCAUGCAGCUCCACCCAGUGUCAGACUCCAGUCCUGCAGGAGCCAAAUGGACGGAGACAGAGAUCGAGAUGCUGCGUUUGGCCGUGCGCCGCUUUGGAGACGACCUGAACAACAUCAGCACGGUCAUCAAAGAGAGAACGGUAGCUCAGAUAAAGAGCACGGUGAAGAGGAAGUUGUAUGAAGACAGCAGAGUUCCCAUUUCCUCCGAAUCUCCAAAAAAGGGUGUGAAAAAGUCGUCAGUCUCUGUAGCUCCGCCCACUGUGGGAGCGUCCACCGCCUCCUCAGCUCCCGCCAUGAUGGCGGUGCCAUCACAGGUUGUCGUGGCAACCGGACGACAGGCUAGCCCCUCUUUGGCCCCGUCCAUCAAAAAACAAAAGACAGCAGACGUGACUCUGAGCGCACUCAACGACUCGGACGUGAACAGCGACCUCGUCGACAUCGAAGGCCUCGGCGAUGGAUCGUCCACUAAGAAACUCAACUUUGACCAGGAGAGCCUGAACCUGGACUCCAGUCUCAUCAUGAACUCCAGUGACCUCCCACUCCUCUCUCGCUGACCUUUGACCUCCAGCUCAGUUCUAGUUUUGUGUUGAGUUUGUUUUUAAACGAAGACGACGGUUGAACUGUGGUUUUGGACAAAAAACAAAACAAAAGACUAAAGUACAUUUUCCUGUUUAACACGUUUCUGAGUUAAAAGUUGUUUGUUUUUACGUUUGUUCCUGUUGUGACAAAAAUGGUCAGAAGUUGUUUUUAAUGAAAAAAAACUUUAUUAGGAAAAUGAGGGUUUUUGUUUUAUUCUCCCUCCUCCGUCUGUGACUUCAUUUCAAGCAAAUAAAAACAAAUACCAAAA